CGUGUCAAGCAUGAUUUUGUAUCAAUGAAAUAUACGCACAUCGCAUUGACAUAAAUACACGAUGCAUAGCACGUUGAAAUCUGUAGAUGAUGAUGUGUUUUUUCAGGAAAUAUACCGGAAUAUGAAGAGUAUUUUAGGGGUCGAAUUUAGACCUACCUAGAUUAUCGAAUAAUUAAUUACUUUCUUUUUGUAUCCUGUAUUCUAACUCCUAGAAAUAGAAAAUUGUCUGUCGCUAUAUUAUUCGCAAGGCGCUUCGGAUGAUAGAAAUGCAGAUAUACGUAGCCCAGAGGCGAUGAACAGAAUCGUUGUGGCCGAUUUGAAUUAAAUGCGGAUCUGAAUGAGGGUAUUGACUUUAUUGUUAGAUAGUUGCCGCUGAAUCUUUCGCAUACAUUUGAAUACUAUUCGAAUAAAUUUGAAAGUCGUUAAACUAAGCCCGUGUUUGUUUGAUUUUUUUGUACGAAACCAAGAUGGAGUUCUAGCAAUGUCAAUGCUAUGGUUAACUGCACCAUUAGGUCGUUCCCCAGCACAUUUGUUGUUCUUAAAUUUUGAUAUAUAAAUUUUUUCCCAGUCGCUUAAUCGCGGCAGCCUAUCGAAGGUUCAUGAAUUAAUUACACUAAGCAACGCCACAAAACCCCAUCUGACUCGUGGAGAAUUGCACGAUCGUAAAAACCCCCGAAAUUAAGUGUACAAUGUUUUAUUUGGAACUACCGCUGCAUUGUUCGAGGCUUGACGAACUACGUCCAUUGGGAACGGAUACAGCGAGUUACUUUUACAAGGACAUUCGAUUUGGGGUCGAAGAAAACCUUCGCGAAAUUUUUCAUAUCCCCUCAGCAAAACGUGAUCAGAAAAAAGGCCAGAAACUCAAAUAAGCGGUUGAAAUAACUAUGGAGACGCUGCAGAGACCAGAAAAUCCCUCUUCCGAUGUUAUCCAAAGUGAUUUACACAAUCGGCUCAGUCUUCAGCUAAGACACGGAAUACCCUGUCACAGAAAAAAACAAGAUACUGAGAGUAACGGCUCUCCAACGACCGCAGAAUCCACAGAUAUUGACGACGAAGAUCCUGAAGAUGAGGACGAAUGCAACGACGAAGAAUCGAUUAAAUUAAAAGAUUCAACCUGCCCUCAACCUGCACGUAGACAAAUGGUAUGCGGUAUGUGCCACUUACCACCGGGCGUUACUGGAGUAGCCGGAGUCUCGACUAGCCCUGGACCAAUGCUCACGUGUACUCAAGGGCAUCUUCUUUGUCAACAGUGCGUUCACCGUUAUACUGUUUGUUCAGACAAAGGUUGCGUCGUUUGUGGUGCAGAUCUUUACACAUCAACGUCGAGGACUUGCUACCAAGUAACGAACUGCAUGGGCGCGAAUCAUCCUCGUGAAAAUAAUUCACCCCCCGCAGAAGUCCCUCCUCGUGGCGUUCAAUCGGAAAUGCGUUGCAAUGUGCAGAGAGCGACUCAGCAAAUAUCGAAUAAUUAUAAAACCAGAAAUUACAAUCAAGGGGGAGACAAUUUUGCACAGCCAUUUUUCGGGGGAUAUUCCAAUUAUCCCACGGGAUACAAUAGCCAAUGUUCAGCGGGAUGGGAUGGAGAUUCCGGAGACGUGAUUCAGGCGAGUUCUAAUUCUAUGAGAGAUAAUCAUCAAAGACGGCCGAGUUAUUGCAGCAUGAUGAGAGGCGACGACGCUGAUCCAGAGGGUACGGAAGUUGCUUACAGUUACGGAAGAUCUGAUAGAUCCGGAAGUGCGGCUCUUGUGCAGGCCGAAUGUUCGAGGCGGCCGAUACGCUGUCCUAGAUUAGAUUGUGCAGUUAACGUCGCAUUUUCCGCGUUGACUCAUCACUUCCUCUUCGAUCAUCCGGAAGUUCCAAUUCUGAGCGUCGAACCCGGAAUGAAAAGUACUUUGAUCGUUAGCUUCGCAGCUCUUUCCUGCAAUUCUAGCCGAUGUCUCGCCCUGCUUCUAGUUUCUGGUAAACUUACGGGUGCUGCAGCGAGACUGUUCAACGGAAGUCAGAUAAAACCGAGAUACCGAAAUAGGCUACCACUUCCAGUUCUAGCUGCUCGACUGCACUGUUCGAGUCAAAAUCCUUGUAACGACAAGGACCACUCUCAUGGCCCAGGUCAAGGUCAGAGUCAAGAGGACGUCGUAAUUGUGUGGGUUGCUGGACUUGACGUAGGCGGAGCGACAACAGGAGCUCUGCGCUGCAGCAUCGAAGCAGCCGACGGAAAUGAGAACGGGGCAAUUCGAUCGCUGAUGUACACAGGACCUGUUAAUUCUUUACGAACGGCGCAACGCCCUCGCGAAGUCUUCAUGACCGGUGAUUGCGUUAUUUUACAUCAGGGACUGAUCGAUCAUAUCACUUCCGGUUUUACGAGCUUGAAUGUGAACGUAAUUGUACAUUAAUAUAUGCGAUAAAAAAAAAUCUGUAGAUCUUUACACACGGCGCUGGAUUAAUUAUUUCUAGAACCGCAUACAACGAACGAUUAUCAUAUAAUUCGAAGGGUAAGAAAUCGUAACAAUAUCAACGUAGGCAUACUAAAAUUGUUUGAUAAAAACGUAAACAUUUCGUAUA